UGCUUUGUCUUAGUUAAAUUUGGGAGUAGAGUAGAAACAUAACAUUGAUGAGGCUUAGAAAUAAAUGAUGACCACGCAUGUAUGCGACAGAGAGAGCUUUCGUCUAAGUUGUGAUUUUACGCACUACGUACAAGAUUCUAAUAAUCAAGCUAACCCAUGAAAUUAAAAUUGGCGGUAUUAAAUUUACUCUUUUUUUUUUUUAUGAUAAUUAAUGAAACGACAGUCCGAAAAUAAAGUAGAGGGUGCCAGCAGAAGGGAAAGAGGGAGGGACAAGGACCAAGUCAAUAGAGGAGGAAAAUGAAUUUCCAAAAUAAUAUGGAAAAAAAAAAAAAAAGCUUCUAGGUAAUAACUAUUCUUAGGAACAUAGGCACGUUAAUCUGGCAGCAAAAAUUGUGACCCCCAUUGUGUCCCCAAAGCAACACAAACAUUUUCGCACCACACCAUGACACACGCUCCUCCGAGGACCAAAUUUGACAAAAGUGAAAAAGCCAAACAAACUCAGCCUCAGAGAACCACACAAUCUCUCCGAACAGCGGUUCGUUUCUAUCCGGAUCUCUCCCAUUUCCGGCUCAGCAAUGGCCGCUGUUCGUCCUCUCUUUCUCCUCCUUUUCUCUUUUCUCUUCUCCUUCUUCCUCUUCCCUUCUCUUUCUCUCUCCGCCUCGGAAGCCCAAGCUCUUAUCCAAUUGAAAAACUCCUUCACCCAAGCUAACGACGCCUUGAGCUCUUGGGUUCCCAACUCCUCUCCUUGCAAAUCUAAAUGGGCUGGCGUUAUGUGUUUCGAUGGCAUCAUCACAGGUCUCCAUCUCACCGGCAUGGGUCUUUCUGGAAAGAUCGAUAUCGUCGCAUUGCUUGAGAUUCGUGGCCUCAGAACCAUCAGUUUCAUGAACAACAACUUCACCGGUCCAAUGCCGGAGUUCAACAAAAUAGGCGCUUUGAAGUCUUUGUUAUUGAGUGGGAAUGAUUUUUCCGGCGAAAUCCCUAAAGAUUUCUUCUCCCAUUUGAACUCGCUGAAGAAAGUGUGGCUUAACGAGAAUAAAUUCACCGGCAAUAUACCAGAUUCAUUGGCCAAAUUGACCCAUCUCAUAGAACUUCACCUGGAGAACAACCAAUUUACAGGACCCAUCCCGGAUUUCAAAAAGCCCAUUAAUUCUUUGGACCUCUCCAAUAACAAAUUAAAAGGUCAAAUCCCAGCGGGCCUGUCCAACUACAAUGCUUCCGCAUUCUCAGGAAAUGAUGGACUGUGUGGCAAACCAUUGGGCAAGGUCUGCACAGCCGCCGAACAAGCUGAUGAUUCAGCAGCGUCGACCGAUGAUUCAGCAGGUUCUGACGAGGACAACGCCGGAUCAAGCACCAACAGUAGCCAGAUAGUUGUCGGAGUGGUGAUUGGAUUACUGGUUCUGUUCAUCAUGGUCGUGUUCUUGAAAACGAAGAGGGGCAGAGACGACGACUUCAGUCAACUGGAAAAGGAAUACGUGGAGGAGGUGGUUGAAGUCCACGUGCCCGCUGCAACCACCCGCAACAGGGCCAUAGAAUCCAGCCGCGGUAAGAACAGCGAGGCUGGUUCCAGGAAGGGGUCUCAUCACGGCAAGAACGCCAUGACUGACCUCAUCAUGGUCAACGACGAAAAGGGCACCUUUGGUCUGCCCGAUUUGAUGAAGGCUGCGGCCGAAGUUCUAGGGAAUGGUGGGCUAGGCUCCGCCUAUAAGGCUGUCAUGGCCAAUGGCUUGUCUGUGGUGGUGAAGAGGAUGAGGGAGAUGAAUAGGUUGGCAAGAGAUGGUUUCGAUGCCGAAAUGAAGCGGCUAGGAAGACUCCGGCACUUGAACAUCUUGACCCCGCUGGCUUACCAUUAUCGGAGAGAAGAGAAGCUGCUCGUUUCCGAGUACAAACCUAAAGGCAGCUUGUUGUACGUGUUGCAUGGUGAUCGUGGAGCUUAUCAUGCGGACCUGAGAUGGCCGAUCCGUCUGAAGAUCAUCCAAGGAAUAGCACGUGGGUUGGGAUUCCUCUAUACUGAGUUUGAAUCCUACGACCUCCCACACGGAAACCUAAAGUCCAGCAACGUUAUUUUGGACGAUAACUACGAACCCUUACUCAGUGACUAUGCAUUUAAUCCUCUGAUGCAUCCCAGCAAUGCACAGCAAGCCAUGUUUGCUUAUAAAACUCCGGACUUUACAGGGUACCAGCAAGUAUCGACCAAGACCGAUGUUUAUUGCCUGGGGUUAAUCAUCCUGGAGGUGCUGACGGGCAAGUUCCCUUCUCAAUAUCUGAGUAAUGGAAAAGGUGGGAUUGAUGUGGUUGAAUGGGUUCAAGCGGCAAUUCAGGAGAGGAAAGAAAGUGAACUGCUGGAUCCGGAGAUUAUAGCGACUGCAACGUCAGAAAAUUCAGUGGAUCAGAUGUUGAAGCUUCUGGAGAUCGGAGGUUGCUGUACCGAGGGUGAUCCGCAAAGACGGUUGGAGAUGAAGGAAGCGAUUAGGAGGAUAGGAGAAAUACAGGUUUGAAGAUAUAUAUGAUGAAGACAAUGUGGUAUUAUAUUACAUAGUUCCAAAUGAAAAAAUGGCUUUGUAGAUAUAAGGUGUAUAAGAAAAAAGGGUAGGAAAGAGAAAGAGAGAGAGAGGUUGUCAGCAGCAUCUGCUUCUUCAGCAUUUAUAUAUGGUGAUCAGGGAUCCCAAUCGAUCGGGAAAAUUGGAAAACAUGGAUGAUCAUGGAUUUUUUUUUUUUUUUUGGGUGGGGG